CAUUUGUUCUCCAACCUAUCCGACAUGAACUCUACACAUCCACAGCCAAACCAAAAUAACUCCGCAGCGCCCGUCGGCCCGUCGGUGGACAAUCCUCCAUCGGCGGAUUGAAGAGCUGUGCCGGCUGAUGGUGAGCAGCCGAUAUUAGGCUCCGCGCCAGUCCGAAGCUGGCGAGGUGCGGCUCGGGGUUCAGGUGCUUUGCAUUCAACAGCAGUCAUCCUAACCGGAUCCUCCCUGGGAGGUUCUAGAUGGAGAGCCCAGAUGGAGAGCCCGCGGGCGCUGCUGGUUGGAGGGUGGGCAAGUCUGUGCGGACGCACCGUUGGGUCUAAAAAGCCGGUUCGCCGCCAGUCGAGCACCAUGCGAGACCAGACCCAGAACGUGGCCUGGAAACCGGCCGAGGGCGGCAAUAAGGCAGGAAUCAUGACCGUCAGAGGCACAGAGUUGGGAUGAAAAGCAGCAGAGCGCCGCGAAAGGGCCGCUGACCCUGUGGUGGCGCGCUUUCUCCGACAGCUUGAGCCCGACGACCUGCGGGUGGGGGCGGUCAAAGCUGAGUCUGGGCGCCUGAGAGUUUGCCUCUGACAGGCCCGAGCUCUGACAGGCCCGAGGGAACUCCCCGAGGGGCCUGAGGAUGCUGCCUGCGGCUUUUAUGCACAUCCCAGGAGCCAGGCCAGAAGGCUGACCAGCCUGAGCAUCGCGUCAUCCUCGCCCCGCGCCGCCCCGGAACACACCACUGCCUCGGCCGCGGGAAAAAGCAACAUAAACCGCCGCGUUUGGUAUUGUGCUUGCCUAGGCCCAUGCUAGGCCACAUGCACAUGCGCCGCCGCAUAUACGUGCAGUAUCAGCCCUCUCCACCUCCGCCAUGUUCCUGCAUCUGUGGCCCAGAAAACUGCAGCCUGCGCCCCUGGCACCAUCCAUGUCCACGCGUCCUCCACCACUGCUACCACUGUUGGCCCCUGGCCCCUGAUGACGCACCUCUUGCUCGUCCUCGCCCUUCAUCACUGCUACGACCGCCCCACACCUCCACCUGCCCAGCCCUAGCAGAAGCACCUACAUCGCCGUCGUCGACGCCAACGGCCGCGGCCCGGCCUAUCCGCCAGACCUGCUCGCCUUCACCACCUGCGCGGCCCAGGACGACGUCGCCACCCUCAACCUGCCAUGAACCGCCGAAAUGCCGACGACAUCGCCCGCUUUGUCAACCGCAGGCUCGAGGCCCCUUGGCCUGGGCGAGACGCCACCGUCCUGCGCAUCGUCCGCAAGUCGGGUGGCGUCUUCCUCUGGGCAGAGCUCGUCGUUGGUAUCCUCAACGCCGCCAUCGCCGAGGGCGCCUCACAGGCGCUGGUCGACAGCACAAUCCUCGAGAUGCCCGGCGACCUGGACGGCCUGUACGAGUGGCUGCUGUCCACCCUCAACUCACGCGAGAAGGCUGAGGCCCUGGUGCUGUUCCAGUGGGCCAUGCUCGCCCCGGAGCCUAUGCGACUCAACGACCUGCGCAUCGCCAUGGCCGUCACCAAGCCGUGGGCCUUGUCCGACCUGUGCCCCCGCAGUGCCCUCUCGUUCGGCCCGUCGGCAACCUUGAGGGAACUGCGCCACCGGAAGGGCAUCGACGACGGCCGUGACGACUGUGAGGAGGACCGCCGCAGAGGGGGUGGCCUCGAAGGGUUCGACAGCGCAUGGAACUUUUAUCGUUACGUGCGCGGUUGCUCGCUGGGCCUCCUGAAGGCCCGUCCAGGGGUUGACGCCGAGGGCAAGUCCCUGCCCGAGCCAUUGGGCUUGCAGCGCGUCCACGUCAUUCAUGAAUCCGUGGACUCUUUUUUCCUCUCGGGUCGCGGGUUCGCGGCCCUGGACAAGGGCAGCGUGCUCACCCCAUACUCGCUCUCCUUCUCGCCCCUGGACCUACGCGAUGCGUCGCACUACGUCCUGCUGCACGCCUGCUUGGCUUAUCUUAACCUGGACGACUUUGAGUGUUUGGAAAAGCGGCAUCUGGGCCGCAAAGGCCGAGACGACGGCAACCUGUACUUACCGCUGGCACCCAUGCCGCACCAGGAGACCAGAUACUGGCGCGAGAACGUGCUGGACCAGCGCCGCCUCAUCAUCUCGAGCUACCCAUUCCUGCGCUACGCCGUCGACAAUCUGAUCUUCCACAUGUUGUACCCGCACGAUUUCCGCUACUACCUCCCGCAGAGCGACGUGCUGCGUCUCCUUGCCGCCAACGACUGCCGCCUCUGGCGCCGUUGGACAGCACUCCUGGGCGUCUCAAUCAGCGACCCGAUGGCCGCUCUUGAAAUCUGCGCCGCAGGGCCUGCGCGUGAACUGCUGGAUCCGGUAUAUGGUGCGCGCUAUAGGCUGGAGAGGGUCUUCAAGCGUGUUAGCAAGAUCGCUCUCGAGUUCCCUGAACCGUUGAGUGUUGGAGUGGCACGUCCAGCGGCCGAGGUGAAACCGAGGCUAGUGACAACAAAAGCUGCAGCAAACACCAAACUUCCCGGCGACGCCGACGGGAACGCUGUGGCCGCCGCCGAACCCGCACUUGCCUCUAGUUCCAGAGCUCCUCUACCACGGGGGAUACCCGAUACUAUCCGAACGACGACGAUCGAAAAGGCUGCGACGGACAUAAACUCGCCAACUGCCCCUGCAUUUGCCAUGGCAUCGGCCGCGGCCGCCGAGCUGAGAAGAAGCAGGAGGCGCAAGAACAAGCUGCAGCCGCCUGUCCUGCCUACGCCCGCGGAGCUCACCCCGAUAUCGUGGCCGCCACGGACAUGGUCAGAAAGCUGGCGUCGAGCAGAGGCCGAUAGUUUGGAAAGGGAGCAAGGGGUAGGGAUAGCAUUGACGGCGCCGACGGCCAUCCCAGCGCUGGUGGCACCAUUACAAAUGGAACAACGGGAGGUGGGCAAGAACAAACCGGGGGAGGAGACGCCGGCUCCGGGACAAAGAAGCGGAUGCACAGGCGAGCAAGAAAUGGAGGAAGACGAGGUGCUCGUGCCGCCACUGUCUCCGCUCUCGUCGUCGCCGCCCCUGUCGCCGCGGAUGGUCUCACUCGUUUCGACUUCGGUGCCCUCGCUCUUCUCCCCCGUCUCCAUCUUUUCUCCGGCCCUCCGCAACACCAUUUUUAGGGACGAGGACAGGGGGGCAAGGCCGGUCUCGUCAUGUUCGGCGCACACGCUGCUGAGCCCACUCUCGGCGCUGGAGGCCUCGUUUGAGACUGGCGCCUUUGCGUCGUCAAAGAGGCCCAAGGAGGACCAUGGUGCUUUCUUUUAAGAAGUCGAAGCUGUUGGUUUUGACGGGCGUUUUCGUUAUUGGGAGCGUCUUGUGGCUUUGGAUACCACUCUCUUGGGGCGCACGGAAUGUUCUGCCGUGAAGGCUGAAGCGGGCGUUGGCGGUAACGGGAAGGAUUACCAAGCAAUGGUCUUUGACGACAUUUUUUUUCGCUGGACAUAUUUUGACGAUUUCUUUCAUGUACCUCGAUUGAUGCGAGCCCGGUCUUGGCUGCAAUCUGAUCAAUUCUUCGUGAUUCCAUGUGGUAGAUACUGUUGCCUUGUGGACCUCUUUUGUCUAGAUGCAUAUCACAGCAAAUAAAGGCGGAACAAGGGCGAUGGGGCUAAGAUGUCGUCUCUCAAAGUUCUAGAAAUAAGUAGAUGAGGGGCAAGGCUGUGCUGGAGAAGAUGUUUUGCAG